AUGCUUUCAGCCGUCUUGUUCCUAUUGCUUUCUGUGCAUGCUUUGGCGGACACAUGUCCACAAGGAUCAAUCGAUUAUGGCGAUCGACAGGAGUGCAUUUAUCCAGUUAAUUCAAACGGAAAUUACACAAUUGCCCGUCAAAUUUGCCAAAAUCUCAAUGGUCAACUCAUCAAAAUCCGUGACAUUUUUGAGAAUGUCAUGACGGGAACUGAAGCCGAAAUGGCAAUUGGCACCAACAGUCAAUCGUUUAUCGGAGUGAUCAACACGCCCAACAACGUUUGGAUUUACGAUGACGGAACUCCGCUACAAUAUCAGAAUUGGGCUCCAGGACAUCCACUCUCGAAUGCAACGUGUGCCGUGCAAAGUUGUGCGAAGAACUAUCAAUGGACAUCGGUUGGAUGUGAUGAGAGUUAUACAUUUAUCUGUUCGAUUCCUGAGACGACAACUUCAACCACGACAACGACAAAGACGACGACUACAACGACAACGACAACGACAACAACAACAACAACAACUACGAUGACAACAACCACAACAACUACGACCACGACAACUACAACGACUACCACAAUGAACCCUUGUUCAUCGGCAGACGGUUGGGUGGCACGUGCUGGCUUUUGUUACUAUUUUCAUAAUGCUCAACUUCAACUCAAAAAGCAGUCAUUUAACCAAAGCGAAGCACAAAAAGCGUGUCGAUCGAGAGGUGCUAUGCUCGCUUCCGUUCACAGCGAUGAGGAAUUCAACUUUUUGAAAGGCAACAUUGCCACAAACUCCAAGAAUCAACCGGAUCUUUAUUGUCAACGUGAUCAAGCAUUGAUCGGAUUGACAUGUGUUUGGCCUGAUGAACCGGCUUGGUUCGAUAAAACGCCUUUCGAUUAUGAUUUAACGAGAGGACAAUGCAAUCUUGGAUAUGCGAUAAUCAACGAUGAUCGUUGUGGUAGUGAUGUCGAUUAUUGGGAUGAUUGGGCUGACGGAACUCUUUUCACUCGGUAUAUUUGCAAGAAAGUUGACCCGAGAAGAAGCGCACCAAGUUCUAGACUGAUUUUCGCU